UCCUCAAGAAUAUUGUCAGUCAACAAUUCAAACCCUCACCAACUCUCUGUCUCUGUCUCUGUCUCUCUCUCUCUGCUUAAUAGUCGCCUCAUUCUCAAACCAGGUCUAUUUUUUCUCUCAUGGAGGGGGUGACGGCACACCCAGAGGAAUUGAUGAAAGAAAAGCAAGGGAGGCAUGAAAGAUGCCCAACAGAGGAAGUGAAAUUAGCUGCCACCGCAAUCACCCUCAACGUCCGGUUGAGACCGUCCGAUAUGCCCCUCCACAUGCAGGACCGUGCCCUUCGCUACACCAGAUCAUUCCUCGACGGCAUCAAAUCCCAUCCCAACCCCACCCACCUAGCUCGAGCUCUCAAAAAGGAGUUUGACUCGUUGUACGGACCGGCAUGGCACUGCGUGGUGGGGACGAGUUUCGGGUCGUUCGUGACUCACUCACCGGGUGCAUUCGUCUACUUCUCCAUUGACUCGCUCUCGGUUCUGCUUUUCAAGACGGAGGUUCACUUGGUCACCGAACCAGGUGCCUAGAUAUUACUAAAUCAUUCCUGCAUGCUACCUACACACCAAAUUCUAUCCAGUUUUACUUUCUUUUCUUUUUUUUUUCUGAGAAAAUGUGGAAAUGCAACCAUUCCUGAAUCAGGGUGUCAAAGAGAAGUAAGGUUUGAAGAGAGAAAAUCAUUAGCUAUAUCAAAUAUAUAUAUGAUGAUAUUUAGUGAAAUCUUUUAAAGGUUUUUUGUUAAUGUAGGACGAAAGAUUAAUACAAAAGUAUUGGUUCUGCUCCCCUUCUUCCUUUUGUGGACGAUGAACUUUAAUUUCAAAUACACGAUGUUAUUAUC